AUGUCUGGUCUAUAUGGGAGGAUCCAACAGCCAUGGCGAAGAUCUUCUAUCACAUUUGACUUGUCCAGACUUGUCCUCUGUGUGGCCGUCAUCACUAGCAUUCUGUGUAUCGGCGGAAUCGUCUGGAUCAGAAGACUCACAGGUGGACUGCAACGAGUACCCAACGAUCCGUUCGACAACACUUUCGCAAGUUAUCUCCAAGGGCGCACGUCUCACUCAAUAUGGCAUGAGGAUUAUCAGUCGUUCAUCCACAACGCCAUUCCAGUGCCGAUUCAUUCUCAUAACGACUAUUCGCACCGUAUGCCCUUGUUUGAAGCUCUGGGCUCUGGUUGUGUCAGUGUCGAAGCUGAUGUGCAUCUCUAUCGAUCGGAGCUUUACGUCGGGCACAAGACUGCAAGACGGCGCGAAGCUUCCACCUUACGUGCCAUGUAUCUCGAGCCUCUAAAGCGCAUGAUUGACGCUCAGAAUACGGACAUCACAGAUGGUGACUGGAAAGGCAUAUUCAACCACGCACCUAAACAAACAAUAAUCCUUCUCAUCGACCACAAAACGUCCGGUCCCGAAACUCUGGCCGAACUGCAAGCUCAAUUGCAACCUCUGCGCGAUCUCAACUACCUGACCUACUGGAACGGGACACAUAGAGUGAUGGGUCCCCUCACCAUCGUAGCCACAGGCAAUGCCCCCUUCUCUUCUAUUCUAGCACUCAACUCUACCCACCGCGAUAUCUUCUUCGACACACCUUUAGCCCAUCUCCCUUCCAUCCAUGACGACUACAGCACCUCUACACCUUCAUACACCUACAACAUCUCAAACUCAUACCUAGCUUCCACACCCUGGCAUCUUCUACGCACACAUCCCUACCCCAUCUACGACAACCAACUUCCCCAGCCCUUGACAGCUUCGGACACAGAUAUUUUCGCAAGCCAAUUGGAUCAAGCAAAGCCUAGGGGAUUGGUGACGAGAUAUUGGGAUGUCCCGAGGAAGCCGGAGAAUAUUAGGGAGAUUGCUUGGAGGGAGUUGGUGGGAAGGGGUGUGGGGUUGUUGAAUAUGGAUGAUAUGGGUGUUGUUAGGGCGAGAGCUAGGGGGUGGGGAAGGGUUGUUGUGGAUCAGAAUUAG